AUGUCCGAAAUAUACACUAUUCGUUCAAUCCUGCAUGUUGCGGGUUCGGGCUUUCGGCUUUCCUUGAUGUUGAAUGCUGUUGCCUGCGAAGUAGCAUCUGCUGGCGUCGAUGUUCACAGCAUUGGGAAAGGUCUUUCUCUGUAUGCGAUGUCUUUGAAGCAGAUUACACACAGUUUUCAGGCGAUGGAUUCGCUACAUUCAUCCGAGGCUUUGAACACUGCAAGAGAAAUUAGUGAACAGAGUCGUGCCAUAUUUGAGGAUUUGGAAAUAAUGCUGGAGCAAGUUCAACAAGAUAAUGGAGGUUUGGUUCAGGAGCGAUUUAAACGCUGCUUCAGAAAACAGCAUGUUUCGUAUCUGCUAGCCCAUCUCGAAAGUCUUAAGCUGAGUCUUAUGCUCAUGUUCCAAGUUCUACAACUUGGAAAACUUACCUCUAGCAUAAGGAAUGCUUCAAAUCCUCUUGGAAACGAUUUCAUUCAGCAAGAGCGUGCGGAAACCCAAAAUAUGGUGAUUGUCCGGUAUUGGUCUGUAAGCCGGCUUGAGCGGUUAUAUGAACUCGCUGCUCGGGAGGCCAUGGAGUACAAUCAGAACCAAAACGACUCCAGAUUGUCUAACCCUCAGCCCAACAGCCUUGGAUUGCAACCACCGUCCUCUACACCAACUAAAUUAUCCGUGAUAUCCCUUGGGAACCUUGAUACGUCACUCACUCCAAUUAACCAGUCCCCAAAGGAUAUGCUUCGUGUAUCUUCAGAUGUGAUUGAGCCGUUAAUCAAUCGAUGGACGCGAUUGGAGGAGCGUUGGGAACUACCUGCAGGACAAUUCAAGGGGUCACUCCGGGUGUUACUCGACUCCGAGAGCGAAUUUGAGGAAUGCGGCGACGAGUCUGAUGGGCAUGGUAUUCAAGGGUAUUACCUUGAGGGGACUACAUCGGACUGGAGAAAACCUAAUUCUCAAGAGGCAAGGAAGCACGCGGCUGAACUUCGAAAGGGGUAUUCCAAGUUUCAAGCCCGAGUUGAUAGUGACACCGAUACAGCAAGUGAUAUCGAGAAGCAGCCUACAAAGCGGAAAGUCAGAUUUGCUCCAAGUGGAAACACUUCAGCUCCAGAAACAGGAACGCAUCGCCAAGGCCACGAUGAACAGGUCGGUGCAGAUAAUGGCAGUUCGAAACACUCACCAUCCCAACUCCACAUCCCAAUUCCACAAGUCGCCGUCUACGCUCCCGAACAACCCGAUAUCCGCUCACCCUCAUCACCAAACCACCCACACAGCAUGCCCCGCUCCAUCCCUCAACAACGCCAGCCGCAGAGAUACAGUCAUACUCCCCCCAGCUCAUCUCCCAACAGCCAUUCACGGCCCUUCGGUUCUUCACCCAGCCAGCACCACCACGCCAAUCAGCAUCUCUCGUCUUCACCGCAUUCUCCCAAAUGGCCGUCGUCAUCUGCCCCAGCAACCAAUAUCCAGAGCCACUCUCCUCGAGCGCCCGCGCCUCAUACGCAUGCAGCACAAUCUCACCACCAUUCCCACCAAGCCACAUCCCGAAGAAGUAAUAAUAAUAGUGGCAGGCAGUCUCGACAUGAAACGCCAGCUAAGGAAGAUAGUUCGGAACGACGGAGGAAUCUGAAGCGGUCUGCAGCUGCCGGAAUUCUGGGUGCUGGUGCGAUUACGACCUUUCUUGAAGCGCUUGAGGGAUUUUCGAUAUGA